AUGAACAAGCUGGACGAGGAGCAGUCAAUACCUCUGAAUGCUAUGCCCCGCGCAUCAGAUAUGGACCAGGACUUGAUGACUGGUCCAAGGAUAGAAGUCAAAGUUGCAGAUGCUAGAUUAGCGUCUCAGCCGAAGAAGAUCACUAUCCCGGGUUUCGUCAUCAUUCCUAUCUGGAUGGCAUGCUCCAUCUCCGUCAUCCUCUACAACACUUUCGUGUUCAAGAGCCUCGACUUCCCAUACCCCGUUUUCCUCACAACAUUCCACUUGGCCUUCUCGGCUGUUAGCACCCGUAUUCUCCAAAGAACGACGACACUCGUAGACGGGGCGAAGGAUAUCGAAAUGACCCGCGACCGAUGGGUCCGAUCUAUCCUUCCUAUCGGCGCGCUCUUCUCGGGGUCUUUGAUCCUGAGUAACUAUGCGUACCUUUCGCUCUCGGUCUCAUUCAUCCAGAUGCUCAAGGCCUUUAACCCGGUGGCUAUCCUUCUCAUCUCAUUUGCGUUCAAGAUCCAAGAACCGAAUGCCCGGCUCAUGGCUAUCGUCGGCCUGAUCUCCACUGGCUGCGUCCUGGCGGCAUACGGCGAAGUCCACUUUGAGCUCUUUGGGUUCCUCUGCCAGUGCGCCGCUAUCGCCUUUGAAGCGUCUCGGCUUGUGAUGAUCCAGAUUCUGCUGCACGGAUUGAAGAUGGACCCUAUCGUCUCGCUACACUACUACGCCCCCGUCUGCGCAGUGAUCAACGCCUGCAUCUUGCCGUUUAUUGAGGGGAUGGAGCCAUUCUAUAACCUGCACCGCGUGGGGUUGUUGGUUCUGCUUACAAACGCUGGUAUGGCGUUUGCGCUGAAUGUCGCUGCGGUCUUCCUCAUCUCGGUGGGAUCUGGAUUGAUCCUCACCCUCGCUGGUGUGCUCAAAGAUAUCCUCUUGAUCUCAGGCUCGGUCAUUGCGUUCGGAAGCAGGAUCACCGCACUGCAAGUGUUUGGCUAUGCUAUCUCAUUAGGCGGACUAGUGAUGUUCAAGACGACGGGCGGGAAGUGA